AUGUAUAGAAGAGAACAUUAUGAUCCAUAUUAUUCACGAGGAAGUCAUGAAAGUACACGAAGAAAUAAUCAAUAUCGGCGUAGAUCACCAGUAGCAGCAGGGACUUCCCGAGGAAAUUACAACACCGGAGCUCCGAAAAUCACCGACCAUAAUUUCUGCGUGUCGACAUUAGAGGUUGUUGCAGCAUUGGACAUAUUGGGUAAUAAGGUCAAAUGGCCUGGAAAAAUGAAAUCAGAUCCGAGUAAAAGAAAUCCAAAACAUUUCUGUGAAUUUCACAAAGGACACGGUCACAAAACCGAGGAUUGUCAUGCAUUACGAUUGGCAGUCACCGACCUCUUAGAGCAAGGGCAUUUGACAGAGUUGCUUUCAGAGAAAGGCAAACAAGCAUACUAUCGGAACAGGGAGCAAGGAGCGCCGCCACCACUUCCCGAGCCAAAACGAGUGGUUAAUUUUAUUACAAGUGGUGUAGAUGUCAACAUCACCGGGGGAUUGGACGUAAACAAAGUCACUUACACUUCAGGCGUGAAGGUCAAAAGAAUAACAACCAGAAAUGAAAAAAGUGGUAGGCUGGCUCUCGUCGAUGAUUGUAUCACCUUCGAUGAAGCCAACGCCGAUAAUAUGCAAUUUUCGUAUAAUGAUGGGGUAAUAAUUACUUUGCACAUCUUAGAUACUGAUAUUAAGCGUGUUUUUGUUGAUCAGGAAAGUGCAGCCAACAUCAUAAACAUAAAGGUCAUAGAGGAGAUGAAAUUGACGAGCAAAAUAAUUCAUAAAUCCAUCAUGCUCACUGAGUUCAAUAAUUCAACAGAAAGAACUCUGGGUGAAAUCAUGUUACCAGUAGUAGCGGGUGGAGUGGAGCUAUAA